CGGUGGGGGGAUGGGAGGAUGCCGUCCCGCAGAAGCGCACAGGCUGUUUGGGUUGGGGAAGCCCCGUGACCGCUGUCCCUGGGCUCGGUCGUGGUGGGGACGGGCCUGGCCCCGUGGGCACGGGCUUCCUGAGGCUCCCUCUGCUGCUCCACUAAGACCCGAGCUCUUGUCCGCACAGCUGCGACGUCGUUGCUCGGGGGUGAGGGGGACGCCACCGGGAAGGGAUAAAAGGCUCCCUGGAGAGUCCGGUGCUUUCAGGGAAUCUGGUGCAUCAUUUCCAGCACUUAGCUCAGAACGGGUCAGAGCGUGGCGAAGAGACUGAGACUGUCCACUCUGGUCUGUUUGCUGUCGCAUCGCGGAGGGAGGGGGAGCCCGAGGAUUUCGUCGUCAGGUGGCCGCACGCCUCGGGAUCUGGGCCAUCGGCGAGCUUAACCACACCUCCCCGCUGCCGCGAGCCGAGACCUCUUGCGUAGCAGUGGUAGAAACUGCUGCGGAGGCGUCUCCCGGGUCCUCGCACACACGAUCUCAUUGGACGUCCCGCCUCCCUCUGUCUCCCUGCUCUGCAGACGGGAACCGCAGGGCUGGGGAGGGUGACCUUCCCCGGGGAAGCCCUCUCGCCGGCGAGGGGUCGGAAGCAGGCAGACUCGCCCCGGCGCCCACGCGAGUGACCCCGCUGCGCCACGUGGAGCCUCCACGGCUGAUGCCGCGGUGGCAGCUACAGCUGCCGGGACGAUACAGGGAGGAAGGCGCGGCCUCCUGGCCAGGAGCCACCGGGUCCAGGAGGAAGGGUCCGCGGGCAGGUCCCCUCCCUUCCUGUCUCCUUCCGCGCUCCGGACCCAGCGGCUGUGCCCUUGCCGGCCCACGGACACCUCUCCCUCGGGGUCCACACACUGAGUGUCCACUGAGCUCUAGCCGUGGGCGCCCCUGCUCUGCAGCCACGUGGGGGCCCUCGCCUGCACGUGACAACAGGUGUCUGAGCCGUGGUGGGGAGCCCUCGGGUCCGGCCUCAGUGUUUUGCCAAAAGAGCUUCUGGUUUACUCUUGGGUAGCUCACGUCGCGAAAGCAUCCACGUCAGUUUUGAUAGCUGUGGGGUGGCAGCUGUGGGCACUCGUUUUGAACUAGGAACAUUUCAGACAGACACAGAGGUAGAGCAUCUCGCGCGCUCACCGUCAGCUCCAGCGAGAGGCGGCUGCGGCAGGCGGGUUCCCGCCAGCCUCUCAUCCUUCGUCUGUAUUUUCGGCAGGCAGUUCGUCGUGUUUUAAAAACGAAAGCCGUGAGUCUGAUACUCACAACUGAAAGCAUCAGGUUAUCUUUUCAUGUCGUCAGACCCCCGUCGUAAGCUCAGAUUUCCCCGACUGUCUGCCGGUUUUUCCGCAACUCCGAGAACGGCACCCAGGCCCCGCGUGGAGUGGCUGGCGCAUGUCUCCAGGCUCCUGUGUUGCCAGUUGUCUGCGUCUCUGCUCUUGGUGGAGGAAACCAGGCCAGCUCUGGCGGGGCCUCCGCCCUGGACCUUGCUCAGGGCGUCCCCGUGGACUCAACACGGGGCGCUCUCUGGGAGGACUCCCUCGGUGGCGGCUUCCCUGAGGUGGUUUCCGCCCUUGGCUGUCAUGGCUUCCAUCCGCCGUGCCCUGGACGUUCCGGAAUGGUCGUUCCCGACCCCUCCAGUCGUCCUCCAUUUACUCACCGACGUGGUUCUGAAAACCUAACUACUUGGUUGCUCCCGGGGAUGGUUCGUAUAAGCAGAGGCAGGAUACAUGCUUGAACUUUUUUCCUUUAUUGUCUGGUUUUCAGAAUAAUGAGCUGAUUCCCUACUUAGAGCAUCUCCCAAAGGUGACCAUCGAGGGUGUUGGGCUUUUGUGGGUUUUUCGCUGUCCUCAUGCGAUCAUGGCCUUAAACACAGCUGACGUGUCUGAAUCGCUGCUACCCGUCGGUGCCCAGAUAGACCCACCGCUGGGCCUUGGGUGGUGCUUCGGUUUUGCUUCUGAGUCCUUUCGACGUCAGUCACUCCUCCGUGAGCUCUCUGGUGUGACAGAUGCUCCAGGCUCUUCAUCAUCUCUUGCCCCCGUCCUGGAAUUAGCCAUUUCUCCUGAUUCCUUUCGGUCGAGAGUGGUGUUUAGAAGCUAAAUAAGCCUUCUGGCAUACUCGCUGCUGUCACUGUUUCUAGAUGUUUCCAGUGGGCAGAGAUAGGGCGUCCUGAGUUCACACAGAUCAUUUGAAUUCACAUCCAAUACCUGGGGUUUUCUUUUUUUUCCUUUAAAAAAAAAUUGUGAUAAAAUAUACACAACACAAGAUUUGCCAUCGUGACCAUUUGACGUGCACCGCUUGUGGUGUUGACACGUUCGCGGUGCCACACGACCGUCACCGUGUGGUCAGCUUGUGAAACUGAAACCCUGUGCCCAUUAAACGUCAAGUCCCCGUGCCCCUCCCCCAGCCCCGGCAGCCAGCGUCCUUCCGUCCGUCUCUGGGGGUUUGGCUUCUGCAGGGACCUCAUGCAAGUGGAACCUACAGUGUUUGUGUUUUGGGGUCGGGCGUGAUAUCCUCAGGUUCAUCCGUGUGGCCGUGUGGCAGCACGUGGCAGCACUCCCUUCCUUUGCAAGGCUGAGCGCCGUUCGGCUGUGUGACUGGACCACAUUGUGUCUGUGUGUCCAUCUGUUGACAGGCGCCUGCGUUGCCUCCGCGUUUGGCUGCUGCGAGUGCUGGUGCGCGGUUUUUCCCCGAGACCCUGUUCUCACGUCCCAGGGUCUUUACUCGACCUCAUCAGACUGUUCUCUGAUCUCUCAGGCUGAAAAUCCUAGUUCUCGUGAGUGAUUUAGAUUUUUAGAGAUGACUCUUGUUUUCCAUUCACUUUUUAUUUUGACCCGAUUCCCGAUUUGCAGGAAGGUCACAAGAAUAACACAAAGAAUCCCUGUAGUCCUUUCAGCCAGAUCGUCCCCAAGGUUCAAUUUUACCGUGCUUGUCUGCCUGUCUGUCCCGUUCCCAACCAUCCGUCCAUCUGUCCAUCCGUGCGCCCACCUGUCCUUCCUCCCAUCCACCUGCCUGUGGUCCUCUGCAGACGUGAUGUUCUGGAGCUCUCCUGUGUGUGUUUCCUGAAAGCAGGUACUCUCUUACCUGCCGAACCAGUACCGUUACCGACCUCCAGAAAUUAACGUCCAUUCCACACAAUUGUCUAACCUAAGGCCUUACUGCAGCCUCACUGUUUGUCACAGUGUGCUGUCCUGUAAUUUUUAGCAGAAGAGGGUCCCCGGUCACACGUUACACUCAGGCGUCCCGUCUCUUCGGUCCGUCUCCCGGAGCGGUUACGGCCUGCCUUCGUGUUUCCUGGUGUUGGCGUUCUUGAAGAGUGCACGUCCCUCAAUUUGGGUUUGUCUGAUGUUCCCUCAGGAUGAGAUUCAGGUGAAGAGUGUCACAGGUGUGAUGCUGUGUCCUUUUGUCCCGUGACACGUAUUGUGAAGAGUUCUCGUUAGAACCAAACUUAUUUUUGCAGUCGUCUAAAAUUGCUUGCAUGGUUGCAAGGUCCAGGCAUAUUCAGAGAAAUCGGUUUCUCUUCCUGUGCACACCCCCUUCCUUCUUUUCCUCUAUAGAUAACCAGUGUCUUUUGAUUUUACGGCUUAUGCUUCAACUGACUCUUUUGUAGAAACAAACACGUACGUUCUUAACUUCCUCCUUAGAUGAAUGUUAUCCCGGUCUCACUUUCUCCCAUUUCCAUUGCCUCCCGGAGGUCCCUCCAGAAUGGUACCUAGACAGCGUCCCUGCCCCGCGUUACACCUGCUGUGUGGCUUUGGCGGGGUUUAACCGCCUGUGCCCUGGGUGGCGAGUUUCUUUCCUCCGGCCAGGUUCAUAGUUUCAGGUGGUCCUUUGGCCGCCCCUGUUGAGCAUCUGGCACAACGUCCUGGGCCGUGUGGGUGGAGGAAUUAAUUGCAGAAAAACUCGGUCGGGUUGGAAUCUGCACAGGAGAGCCCAUCUCUUCCUCCGCUGUUUCUUCCCACUCAGUAGCUGGGGGAGCAGAGCAUGCACGAGAGGAUAUACAGCAUCCUUGAGACCCACAGGGUGCUUUGGGUUGCUGCUGGACCGGCCUCUGUGCCCUGGCCCCGCAGGAGGGGUGCUGACGUGGGCUCGGGGGAGCUCGGGUCUGCGGUCGGCACCCACGCUUCUAGUCCUCGAGUCGGCCGCCGGGUCGCGGCCGGCUGCGGACGUUCACCCGUUCACGGCCUCAGCUCCCCCUCUGCAAAACGCCUACGUGGCCGGUGUUGAAACUCCAUUCAAUUAUCUGUAGUACUUUCUCCCAGAAAGCAGACUAUUGUUUUUUGUGGGGAGGAGGAAAUAGCCCGAGUGUGCAGCGGCUUUCUUGGUUAUGAAAUAUUGAACAGUACAAAUGUUCCUGAGAGAAAAUGACGUAGGGUGGAGACUGUGAGUUGGAAAUGCGUCCCGGCUCGUGACUGGAGGCAGGAGCCUAAAUUUGUUAAAGAAGUGCAUAAGUAAGUUAAAAGCAUCGUGCAUUUGCAUUUAGCCCGAGAUGCAUUUCGGUUGUUACUGCUUUUUAAGCACAAGCACCCAGUAAGCGGUCCACAGUUUCUCUGCCUUUCUCCACCUCCUGCUGGGUGUGGGCCCUGGGAAAGGAGAUUCUCUCCGAAAGGGACUUGGGGUGGAAUUUGGCUCUUGGAGGAAAUGCUGAUGGGGCCUCCGGGGUCUGGAGGCUUCCUGGUUGCCAGGCGAAGCCUGAACCUCCCUACCCAUGCACGGGUUCUGUGUUGAUGCGAAGGCCUGUGGAAUCCUCCCUGGGGGGCCCACCCUGGGGUCUUGAGCCCCCAUGGCGUAGGGACCGUGCUCACUGGGCCACCGACACCCACCCAGGGCCAGAUGCAUGUGGGUUCCCGGCGGACGCAGAUGGGCAGACGGCAGUUAGCUCAUGCAGAGCGUGGCUGGGCAGAGGACGCCCUUUGCUUCUGAGCCCCGGUGCGCCCCUUCCUGCUCCGAGCCACCGCGGGUCAGCGUGGCUGUCUGUUUCCCGCCUGAGAGGGUUUCACUCCCGUGGCCUGGAGCAUCUCUCUCUGAUGCCGAGACUUCAAGGAAGGGCCCUGGAGGGAAGGGAAGUUUCUGAGCAGCCAGUUGGGUGGUUGAGGGCAGGCAAGUGCUUUCUCACCCACAAAGUCCUCUGCCAGCAGGGGCUUUGGGAGCUGCCUGCUGCCUGCUUACGGUUUGGAGGGGGCGGGAGUUGUCCAGACGAGGUGAGGCCCCACUCCAGGCCUACUGGCUGCAGGGCUCGGUGUGGGGUUGGCCACGUGGUGGUGGAUGUGGGCCCGCAGAUGUCCAUCUGGGAGUCUGGCGUUUCGUUGGUUGGUUUGACUCUGCUCCUGCCGUUAAAUCGGUGUUGUUCAGCGAAGAGGAAGGCAGAUCCGGAUCCCUUCUACUCCCGGGUCUGGCAGUGUCCCCUGACGGGCACUUUGGAAGAGGACAGAACCGAGCUCCGUGGGAUGUGUUUCGUCAGGAGCCACGCGAGCUCUGGGAGCUUUCUCGUUGACGCCCCGCAUUCACCCACUGAACACCUCACCUGCUCCCUGGGCGGUGAGGAGGCCAGAGGAUGGGAUCCCGCUUACGCUGGCGUGCCUGAGCUCCCGCGUGGGGACGGCACCUUGCCUUCCCCGGCCUCUGCCGCCCCCUGGCUGGUCCCCUCCUGCCGAGACCCCCAGGGACGAGGCCACGCCGGUCCAGCGGGCCGCCCUGUGACGUGGGCUUGCCCCAACUUUCUUCCAGCUCCAUGUGGGAACUUCACGUCGCGUCUCCUCUACUGAGCCGGAUUCUCGUGUGACAGAGUGAAGGUGGCCGGCGCCUUAUCUACGUAUCCCCAUAGGUUAGGCUCGUGGUCUAGUGGUUGUGGGUGCUCAGUGCGUAUUUGAACGGACGAGUCUAUGGACGCAUGAGUCAGUGGGUAGGUGAGUGGGUGGGUGG